UCUCUCUCUCUCUCUCUCUUUUUUCUCCUCUCUUGCAUAUCAUUCGUUUCAUUCUUCCCCUUCCUUUUCCUUUUCCUUUUCUUUUUCUUUUUCUUUCUUUUCUUUUCUCGCCUUAGUCGUUUGAAUACGUGACAAAGUCUUCGCGCUACAAGUUUUUCUCCACCUCCCUGUAUUGAUUACUGAGGCGUGUCGGGAUAUGUAUCCGUAGGGCGAAACGAAGGGAAUGCUGCGAGGCGGCAAAAUUAGCAUGUUAGUAUAAUCACUUGUACCAGGUCUAUUCACCAGGUUAAAAAUUAUCGGGUCGUCGCGAUUUAUAUUGGUAACAAGGCACGUGCUGCCAUCUAGAGCACAGAUGUAGAACUGUAGGGGUAUCGGAGUUGACCAAUAUAGUAGUCUAAUAUGGUAGCAAUAAAUCACUAGGGCUUGGACUCAGAUCUGAUGACCAAUGCGACAUAGGAGGAUGGAGAGUAUGUACAGGUGGCAUACAAAUGCCGAGACCCAUGUUCUUCGCAUUGGAUGUUUAGCACGGACUUUUACAGGUUUUCUUGCCUGGUUAAUUCAUGACUCCGAGCUUAGAAUUAACUCAAUGGAUACGCCUCUCUCCCUUCUAGUUUUACAAUUUUUUUUUAGAGGAUUUCUUAGGGGUUGCUAUCAUGAGGCGGUGAUGGUUUUGAGAGUGGUCUCAAAGGCUAUAUAUCACAGAUGCACACUAAGAUAAGGGCAAGAGUAAUCACGAUACGUUGAUUGGUAUCGGGUCUGGAAUGGAGUCCUACUACCUAAAAACUUGGCUAGUCAUAGUAGGUAGUAGCAAUCAUCUCUAGUUCCGCCGUGCACUUCGGGCAGCUGAUUGGAUCGCAGAGAAUGUUGAUGAAGGAAAGAAAAAGUGGUGGGAAGUAAACGUCAUGGGGCCCAACAAGCGCAUUGGGAAGAAGUUGGGGUGUUGUUCCCAAGUUGGCGCUGAC